UUCGGUUAUCUUACAUAACCUACAAGUGGGUAUCAUUUCAUACGAAUAUAAUAGGCUAUUUCACGACACAAGAUCGUAAGUUUGUGGACAAAUUCUUCAAGUAAUUUUACACGAACACAAUCAUAAGAGAGAAUUUCUGUAUAAAUAUUGGUUAUUUACACACAAUCGCUUGGAAAGCGAGCUUUGUUUUAAAUCGAGCGCGUUUUGUUCCGAUGAGUCGAUAAAACUGAUAAUAUCGAUAAGUGACAAUCGUGAGGACUCGUGGUAUACUUCCGUGCGCUCGGUCAUAUGAUCUCGGUGGAAAAAGGCGAGCCGCGAGCCCCCUCGUUUCGAUUUUGACGUAUCUGCCUAUUGUACGAACGUUUUGGAGAGAAAUCUUGUUUCAAGAUGAAGGGCUGUAUGUUCAACAUCGACGGUGGUUACCUGGAAGGUCUGUGCCGCGGUUUUAAGUGCGGCAUACUGCAGCAGAGUGAUUAUCUGAACCUGGUUCAAUGCGAAACGCUCGAAGAUCUGAAGCUGCAUUUGGCUGGUACGGACUAUGGCAGUUUUUUGGCAAAUGAACCAUCCCCACUUUCUGUCAGUGUGAUUGAUGAUAAAUUGAGGGAAAAGCUGGUUGUGGAGUUUCAACAUAUGCGUAAUCAUUCAGUCGAGCCACUGUCACAGUUUUUAGAUUUUAUCACAUACAGCUAUAUGAUUGACAAUAUCAUUUUGUUGAUCACUGGUACUUUACAUCAAAGACCUAUCUCAGAAUUGAUCCCAAAAUGCCAUCCACUUGGUAGUUUUGAGCAAAUGGAAGCAAUUCAUGUUGCUGCCACACCUGCUGAGCUGUACAAUGCUGUAUUAGUAGAUACACCUUUAGCACCAUUUUUUGUGGAUUGUAUUUCUGAGCAAGACUUGGAUGAAAUGAAUAUUGAAAUAAUAAGAAAUACACUUUACAAGGCUUACUUAGAAGCAUUUUACAAAUUUUGCAAAGAACUUGGUGGUACAACUGCAGACACCAUGUGUGAGAUACUUGCUUUUGAAGCAGAUAGAAGAGCAAUCAUUAUAACAAUUAAUUCAUUUGGGACUGAAUUGGGUAAAGACGACCGUGCAAAAUUGUACCCACGUUGCGGACGGUUGAAUCCGGAUGGAUUGGCAGCUCUAGCAAGAGCUGAUGACUAUGAGCAAGUGAAGGCUGUAGCGGAAUAUUAUGCUGAAUAUAGUGCUUUAUUCGAGGGAGCAGGCAAUAAUCCUGGGGACAAAACUUUGGAAGACAAGUUUUUCGAACACGAGGUUCGUUUGAACGUUCAUGCAUUCCUCCAACAAUUUCACUUUGGGGUAUUUUACAGUUACCUCAAAUUGAAAGAGCAAGAGUGUCGUAAUAUUGUGUGGAUCGCGGAAUGCGUAGCUCAGAAGCAUCGUGCUAAAAUAGAUAAUUAUAUCCCUAUAUUUUAAAUUGUAAAUUCGAACCGGCGAUGUCAGUCAUCUUUAUUUUCCCAAUAUUAACGUUUAUAACCCGAUUUAUAAUUUAUAAAUCGGUUAAUCAAUCACGACCUAUUAUCUAUUUUCGUGAUUAGUCAUAACGUCAUAAGUGAGAAAAUAUACAAUCAAGUUUUUGCAAAAUAAAAAG